AAAUCGUUUGAUGUUAUUUGAAUGCAAACAUUAAACUCUCAUAGCCAAGACUAGCUUCUACCCAGAGCAUUUGGAUUGUUUUUCAUGAAAUCGGUUACGAUGAUCUUUUACAUUAGGCCUACAUGUAAAUUAGCUGAAGUAAAAUGUAAUUGUUAAUCGGAUUAUGGUAGCUUCUAAUGGUAGGAUCAAGAAAAUAUAUCUAACGUUAAGAAAUUCAUAAUAAAUAUUUCGGUAUGACCUAUCUUGUGCUUACAAGGAACAACAAGAAUGGAUAAGGUAACACACCUUAUUGCAGAAUCUGUGCAGAUAAAUGCACUUUCAGCUGAAGAAUUGUGUCAUAAAUUUAGUGAAGGGAAGUGCCAGGAGGAAACUGGACAGAAAUCCACAGAACAGUCAGCUGUUUCAGAGGAACAGAGCAUAGCAUGUCAAGUUUCUGAACGCAGUGAAGAUACUGAAUAUGAUGCAGUAACACCAACAGAAAAUCUUUACAAUUUUGAGAAAUCUGAGGGUCCCAGUCUACCAGCUCAAAGCCUCCAUCAUAAACACCAAGAAAUUGUUCCAUAUGUAGGUAAUCCCCUGAAUUCAGUACAUCCUAAACAUGAAUUCAUCUCGGAGAGGCUCAUUGGUCAUCAGAGGAGUUCACGGAGACCUAGAAGGAUUUUUCCCUGCAUUAGAUUGCAGUCUAUCACUUAUCAGGAUUGCAGAGAUGCUGAGGACAUUGUUCCACUUCUAGGAAACACAGUGUGCAUGUCAAAAGAUGAGUCAGUUGAUGACUUUAUUAGUCCAAUAAUACUAUCGACUGGCUUCCAACAAAUUAAGAUCAUUCCCCACAGUAGAUUGCAGUAUAUCACUGAUCAGGAUUCCAUACAAAACACUGAGUGUGAAACUACAAACCGGACCCAUUUAGAAAGUCUGCACAUGCUGUCCAACCAACAGAUUAAAAAACACCUGAUGGAGUCUGAGGGUGGUGGAAUAGAGCGAUCCACACCUUUUGGACUGCUAGGUACAGCCUACAAAUGCACAAUAAACCAAUUAGCAGAUCUCAAGACCUGGCACGGCUAUCAUUGGGACCUUGAUGAAGAAAGGGGUCAAUACUAUGGAGAUCCAUCUCAGAACAUAUUUGGAAAGCCAUGGGAAGGAACAAUUCUUCAAUAUUGGAAUGAUGAUGAAGAUGAGGUCGAAGCUCUGCUGGGUGCCCAGGGCUUUGAAGCAGAGCCGUCGACAAGGCAGGGGACCCCAAACGGGGGCAAAGGAACAGCCAAGGGCAAACGUGUGAGUUUAAAGGAGCAAAGAAGAUUGAAGUCCUCUAUGAAGAAAAAGCAUUGGACUGGGUUCAGACAGAACAACGGCUGUUAUGAUGUAGAGGGCAGAAAGGAAUCCAGAAACCCAUAUCAUCCUUUUAGGGGUAUGAGCCUUUUGCCUUACCACUACAGCAGUGUUUCGCCUGAUGUGGUAUUAUCACCACGACCAGGUCCACCGGUUGCCUCGUGGCCAUCAAUAACUCAGAUUUUUGAUGAUGUCUACUCUCGCACAAGCCAGAGCACCAAGGACCACAGGGAGAGAGUUAUAGAGAGAGCCAGAAAGGUCCACCAUCAACGGUGCCUAAAUCGUGAGAGGGCAUACAGUGAAGGAGGUGGAAAGAGAACCUGUGCCGACAAAAUGGAAGAGAGUAGGGAUACUGUGAAGCCUGAGCACGAGGCAGAUUUGAUAAAGGAAGCCAAAGAGGCACAAACAUUUAAAAGAAUGAAGCAGAACAAAGGUGACAAAUUCAAAGUAGCUGCAUCUGAACUGUUGCCCUCAGAAAUAGCAGAGGAUAAGACCAAGAUCAACAAAAUAAAAAAAAAUGGUAAGAUAAGCAAAGACAAAAGAAAAGAAAAGCGUAAGGCUAACAAAGGAGAGUCAACUAAGCUGUCGCUGGAAAUAGAGGCCCAGAAAGAAACUGAGGAAGUCACUGAUGAUUCCAAUAUUUCUGAUAAAAGCCCUGAAGAACAUUGUCAAAGUGUGGAAGUAAUUGAACAGGAUGACCUAGAAGCUCAGAAUAAAAGAAAACAUUGUGAGAACAUUAAAAGCGAUGACAGAAAUGACUCAGAAAGGAAAAUGGGAAAUAUCACAACCAAGUCAGUUAUAGAAAAAAAUACCAUUGGAGAUGGUCAUUUUGAGGAGAUACAUUCAGAGAAUUCCCAACAAGUUGAAAAAAUCAGAGAUCAGUUAAAAAUUUGUGAAAAUGUGGAGGAAAAGAAUGUGAAACAUCAAAGACUGAAUGAUUUCCCAUCAGAAGCACCUUCAGUUGUUCCAAAGGGCUAUGACUCAGCAACUGAGAGCAAGGAGCAUAAUCACACAGAUCAGGGAGUUUUAGAGCAUAUCAUAUGCAAGACAUCUCAGGAAUCUUACUGCAGGGAGACCGGUAACUCCCCAGACACAGACUCUGUGGACAGUGUGCCUUAUGCAACCUAUAACAGCCAGUUUAGGAGGCAGAAUGGGGGAACUAGAUUGCCCAAAGGCAGGGUGUCAGCAGCAGACAGGAGGACGAGGUCUGCAGACUGGGAAAACCUCCAGCAGGGUAAGCAGAAUGAGGCCAACUGGCGCUGGAGGGAAGAUAGCGCUGCCGCUGGUGACUGGGCAUGUCAAAACAAGGCAGAGUUGAGACCAACUGAGAGCCAAAGGAGUAAAAGGAAUCACAGCCGGGACCAGGGAGACUCAGACCAAAAUGAAUGUAGGCCUUAUGAAGGAAUCGGCUUGUUCCGUCUCCACACAGAUAGACAUAGAGGCACAGGUGAUGAGAGUGUGUCUAAUGGGAGAGCUAAAAAGCAGAGGAACAGCCAGCAUAGGAAACCAUCCCGCAAGCAGAGAUUGAGAGGCCACUUACCAUCAAGCAGCUCAUUAUCUACAAAUUGGAGGAGUAAAAAGGAUGAGUUAGAGAAUGAGAGCAUUAAUGAGGACUCCCCAAGACAAGGUUCUUGGGAGGCCAACAACGCCGUAUGUGAGUCAGAUCGCCUGUGUGACCCUGCUGUUCUGGUUUCGCCCCCUAAGCCUGAGCCUCACAUCCGGAACCGCCGCCUUUCUCCAGGUUCUGGCAUUGGUGGUGGAGGUGGAGGAGGUUGCUCUGCGGGGCCUGACAAGCAAAGCAGACAGGCUUCCCCAUCGGCACUCGAGGCCACUCUGAACGGGACUGGGCAGCCAUUCACGUUUGCUCACAGCCGCGAGAGGGAGCGGCGGGGCCACACCAGAGGCCGCGGCCCCCGGCGGGAGAGCCUGAGGGUAGGCGGCCGUCCCAGCGGUGACAAAGCCCAGAGGCCCGGCCCCGUCCAGAAGGCCCGGUGGGUGGAGGACAGCCUGUCUCUGCUCAAGCCUCCGCCAGCCUUCCCUGUGAAGGACAGCCCUGCCAAGCUGCAACCGGCCGUGAGCUACGCUUCCAAGGUGAAGGCAGGGGGUGGCGCGUCGGGGGGCACCGAGGAGCCCCCCGGCAUUGGAGUGCUGCUGCAGAACCAGUGGGGGCUGAGCUUUAUUAGCGACGGGCCGGCCGAGAACACUCCCUCCAUGGCGGCCCCGGACCUAGCCCAGAUCCCAACACCCCAGGCCACGCCAGAAACUGCAGCCAACCACCCCACUCCCCCCUCACACCCCCUCACAGGAGAUAUGGACUCUGAAAAGCCUGCCCUCACCACCCCUCCAGCCCCUGCUACGUCCUCUUUCUCCAUGGAGCUGUGCAACAGACAGGACGAAAGCUCCGGAGAGCUGCUCCUCACCUGUCGUCACCUGGUAGAGGCUAUGCAAUACCACGUCCAAGAAUGGAACACUGUGUACAACAGACAGAAAGAAGAUCCAGCCAAGGUGGUCUGGUACAAGAACUCCCUGGAGCAGCCGGCCUAGCACCAGGACGCACAGAACACUUUUCUUUUCUUUCUUUGUUUUGUUUUUUUCUCCUUACAUGUACACAUAAAUACACCUGUAUGUACAACCAUGCUAUUGCGCUCACACAUGCAUACACUCACACACACACACACAUAAAACAUAUACACACUGCACUCAGGUUGAUCUUUUUCACACAUCCCACACUGAAACACUUUGAUCCUAUCCCUUGAAGAGAGAAUUAAGUCUUGAACUUCUCGGUUGCCUUACAACAGAGCCUGCCUCAGUGAACUUGAUUUCAUGUACAUCGCUCGAAUGGAUAGCCUCAUCAGUCCCUUCCCCCCCUUUCUUUUUUUAAAACCAUCAUAAAAAAAAAAAAAUUGAGAAUUUUUAAAGAUGGGUCUGUAUUAAGAGCUGGAAUUUUAUUGUAAAGAACUACAGUUUUAUUCUUAAGAUGUCCUAUUUACCUUCCAUUUUCAGGAGUCCCCUCUGAUAUGCGAGUGGUCAAUCAAGCACUUUCUUAUCCGUUGUGAUUGUGAACAGAGCUUUCUAUUACAGCCCUCUCAGACUGAUUGUAUUUUUUUAAAGCACAGACUUAAAAUAUAUCUGUAGUAACCCCCCCCCCCCCCCCCCAAAAAAAAAAAAAAACCCUUUCACACUUGAUUUCAUAUACUUUUUUUUUUUUUUUUGGUCCCCUAUAGGGAUUGCUAAAUGUGCUUUCCCCACAAGUUUACGUAGGUGCACCUUGCACAGUGUGGAAGUGCCCUUUUUGAGUGUGUGGUGUGUAUUAACCGUAUUUUUUUUUUUUUUUUUUUUUUUGACACACCCAAUUUAGUUCAAUGUUUGGUUGAAUGUCAAUCAUAUACCCAGUCUAGGAUCUUAGUUGAUUUUAUUAUGGGUUAUGGUUUUGGGUUAGAAUGGAAACUUAUAUUAUUAAAAGAGCCUACUACACUGGAGGAAGUUUUGAUGGUAAAUCAGCAGUAUUGAAAAAUUAAAAAUAAAAAAAGUUAUCAAUAAAAACUAA